AUAAUAAUAAUAGAAUAAUAAAUGGAUGCAACAAGUAGCAUAUAUAUUAUUUACAGUUUGUAUGAUUCUUUCAGGAAAAGAGAUCCAAGACAAGUGGAAGGGUUUAAGAUCUUCUUUCUUGAGGAAGCUACGUGAACAGAGACAUGUUAAGAGUGGGCAGCCUGCAUGUAAAAGAAGAAAAUACAUCUACUUUGACAGACUUCUUUUUUUACUGCCCCACACACAGCCAAAAUCAACGGCAACAAAUCUUCAGGAAGAUGGAGGGGAAGGAAAUGAAGCAGUUGAAGACCCUGCAGAAGUUACACCAGAACCAGGCGGUGAAAAUACAAGUCACUCGAAACAGACCUGCAUGGAAGUCAAUCAAAAGAGGCGGACAAUAUUUGAGAAACAGCAGGCUGCGACAGAUGAGGAUGUAACUUACGCCAUGUCACUAGUACCAUUUUUAAAGCGUAUCAGUGAGGACAAGAAGCUUGGCGCUAGGAUCGAGAUACUUCAGGUGUUGCGACGUUUCGCAAAUACCGGUACCCAACCUGUGCAGCUACCCACCUGUCACACUCUACAGAACCAAUCACAAGGUUCAUAUCAAACAGGAAUGGAUCCUUACUGGUUUUCAGGAGGAGGAGUAUAUGGGAGAACAGCUCCUCAAAUGCAGCCAAUACCUUCAACAAGUACUUAUGGCAAGUACCACUUAACAGGACAAGGGCAGCCACGACAACGACGACAACAGGGAUCAACAUUUUCAACAUGGACGUCAUUGUCACGCUCAGUCAACUCACAAGUCAUCUCUGAUGACUCUAACGUGCAUACCCCAGAUUCUGAUAUUCUACACUUGGAUUACAUUAUGCUAAUGUAAUCCGAUAACUAAUAAAAAUUGAUGUGAGAAACUGAACGAUUAUACUCAAAAAUUGCUUACAUUUUGAUUAAAAAUUUUCUUUGCUGCAUGAUUUCAAAAUGUACUUACCGCAAUGCAACUGAAAGUCGUUCUACUUCAGGCACACUUCUUCUCCAAUUGGUGUUCUCCCUAGCAACUGAGGGUCCUACUAGAACCAGAAGUUCAUCAAAACUGGAAACACUCAUUCUGUAGUAAGAAAAAACUUAUUGGGAUAAUUCCUAUAACGUUCAAAACUUGUACAAAACUUUCCAAGUGAAAGUCUCACUGUAAAUAGGAUGUACCCAAAAUUGACGUUGACGGAGUCGUUUUCUAUUCCAGGCUACAAGACCAAUAAUAUCACCUACUUCUACUAUGUCCACGAAGGAACACUGUUGUGGAAUGUCAGUCCAUUAUGCGCAUCACUUCUCUUUUGCCUGGCAACAAACUGUGUCCAGUGAACACAAAAUGCUGCCUAUGACGACAAAUAUGUCGUUCCACAAUUUGUCGCCUGUGUACACAUGGCCUUAGGUGUACUGGCCGUUCACUUCACCAAGGAAUAGUAAAUGGUAUUGCGAGAUGUCUCACAAGAAUUUACAUUCCUUGGUGGAGUAAGUGAAGAAACAGGUUGAUGACUGAAGCAGCCAGGCAGAGGGCCACUGUGAGGAAAAUGAAGAUUCUGUCUCAUCAGUAAGUCAUUAUGAAAGUAAUGCUUCUUCAUUUUUCCCUUAUAAUGUCCUGCCCAUACCAACCCUGGGAAUUGACAGAGAGCAGUUAUGAAAUUACUGGAAGAAUAUGUGUGCCAACUAGUCACAUGAGCAUCAUUAGAUGUUUCAUAAGUUGGAGAAAGUAACACUGAGCUCUAGUAAUAAGAAUUCUUACAAAUAAAAACUAAUUAUUGCUUUAGGAACGCCAUACUACAGAUGCUGAAUCGGGUCAAUCUGUGCCUGAUGGAAAUAUACAACAUGAUGAUGGAUGCCAUUAUCUCUACAAGAGAUGAAAAUUCAUCCGAAAUAACACCAGUCACUACGCCACUCCAAUCAAGACCACCGAAAAGGAGUUCACAGGUUUCAUUACAGCAAGCCGACUUGACAAAUAAGGUUCUACUGUCAGUAAAUGAGCAUUUCACGCGUCCAAAAGUACAAGAAGAUCGUUUUGAUAUUUUCGGGAAAAACGUUGCGAUGAAAUUACAAGAUCUCCCUAUGCAACAGAGACUCCUAGCUGAGAGGAUCAUAAACGCAGCACUAUUUGAAGCCGAAAUGGGCACUUUGACUACCUCACACAAGUUUAUUCUUCCACCUCAACGCCUGUUCCAUACAAUGACUCCCAGUCCCCAGCAGAAUGAACGUCAGCAUUACCCUCAGUUUGAUUUAGCAACACCUAUUCACAGUACUCCAACCUGUCCUAGUCCAACUUUUCCCACACAGACAACGUCCCAUUCACUUGGCCCUUCACACAGCUCAACGCAGCAUUACCAGCAUCAAGCACACCCAUAUCCCUCACCACAAAUUCCCAGCUCAGUACAACACGAACACCCACCAUGCCCUCAAUUGGCGGGAGUUCACAGUGACACAGUUGCAUCCAUAUCAGCACACUCACCAUCAGCAGCUUCAUAUCUAUCUAAUUUAAGUGGCGAUGAUCUGUAAAGUCUUUUUACUUGUAAUGUUCCAUUUGAUUGCUUUUGAUUAUACAAUAAAGUAUAGCUUAAUGAAGUAAA